AUGCCGCUUCUUAAAUCUCUGAAAGCUGGAACUUCCAUUAACACACAGUAUAACUCGGACCCUUCCAUUAAUACAUUCUUUGUUGAUGAUGAGGAACAGGUUACAAAUACAAAGUACGAUGAAUUGCUACAACGUAUGACUGUGCUCGAACAAGAAAAUCUCCACUAUAAGAAAUAUGUUCAAGAAUUAGAAAACAAACUUGAUUAUCUUGAAAAGUUUUCUCGUUCAACAAACUUAGAAAUGCGUAAUAUCCCUAAGCAAGACAAUGAGAACCGCCGAACUUUAUUAGAUAUCUCAAAAAAAGUUGGUUCCAUAGUUCAGUUAGAACCUAAUUUACAAGACGCGGAAAUAAGAGAUAUAUAUCGUACUAAAACACAAACUAUCGUCAUCGCUUACAUGUCUACAAGUCGGCAAGAAAAUUUUCUUUAA